AUGUCGUCUAAAAAGCAAAUGGAGAGAUUUGCCAAGAAAGAUAUUCAAGAAUCUUCUACAGACGCUAAAGAAAAUCCAGCUGCAUGCAUAUUUGUAGCAAGCUUGAAUAAGAACAUUAGCGAUGAAGACUUGAAUGACAGUGUCUUUGUUCAUUUCAAUCAAUGGGGUUCCUUAUUAGGUGUCAAAGUACUUAGGGACUCUCUCAAGAGACCUUAUGCCUUUGUCCAGUUCGAGUUUGAAGAUGACUGCAAAACAGCAUUAAAAGAGGCACCUGGUACCAUUAUUAAUGGUAGAAGUAUUCGCUGUGAGCCUGCUAGAGUCAAUCGCUCUAUUUGUUUGAUUUCUUUCAAUCAACCAUUCAAUAGACAGUUCCUUCAAUCCAAACUUUCCAUGUUUGGUGAGAUCGAAGACAUCACUUUGCUACAGCCGCAGGGUAAUUUUCAUUAUGUUUAUGUCAAGUACAUGUACAGAAAGGAUGCCAUCAAAUCUUACUUGGCUUUAAAAUGUAAUAAUGCCAAUCAUUGGUUCGUUGAAUGGACUUCGAAUGUGGAAACAUCCAUGUACAGUGGCGUAUAUCAAUAUGCGACACGUUGUUUGGAUAGAUUUAGCAUUUUUAUUGGCAACUUGCAUGAGUCUACAUCAGACGCAGAUCUUUCUAUCAAGUUUAAAUUAUAUGGUACAAUUGUUCAUACUCACGUAAUUCGUAAAAAUCCUAGAAGGGUAUUUGCCUUUAUCCGCUUCAAAGAAGAAGAAGCUGCCUUGAAAGCUAUUCAUUCCGAGAAUGGAAAUAUUUGGAAUGAAAGAAUACUACGUGUAAACUAUCGUGAAUACUACCAUAAUACUUGUGCAUACGGUCAUUAUCAAAAUAAGAACGUCAAGCCCAUCAUGAUGGUACCGUACUAUAAUAGUGCAUAUGAUCCCUAUUACAUGGUCAAUGAAUCAUUGGGUAAUAACAUGACUGUAGGUGGAACAUUUUACAAAGACAUGAAUGCGCCACCUUAUUAUAUCUCUGGUGACAUGGUUUAUUACCCUUAUUAUAAGGAUGGGAACCAAUAA